CAAAUUAACUUUUUAUCAUGUAAUUUUUACAGUAUAAAUAUAAUUUUGCAUCGAUUAAACUAACAUAACACAUCAAGUUGAAACCGAAACAACCUAUUAGAUCAAGUUAAAUUAACGUAAAAACAAGUUGUCAUUACUUUCAUUUAUUCAUUCAUUUUCUUUUUGGCUUAGUCCCUUUAUUAAUCUGGGGUCGCCACAGCAAAAUGAACCGCCAACUUAUCCAGCAUAUGUUUUACGCAGCGGAUGCCUUUCCAGCUGCAACCCACCACUGGAAAACAAGCAUCAUUACUUUUUAUUAUAGAAUUUUUACAGUGUAAAUAUAAUUUAGCAUCAAUUACUUCAAGUUAAAAUUUGUUUACUUAAAAAAACGGGUUUAAACCUGCUAAACUUUCUAAAUCAAGUUAAAUUAAUGUAAAAAAAAAUGUAAAAACGUUACUUUUUAUUAUGUAAUUUUCACAGUAAGUAUAAUAUUGCAUCGAUUAGGCUGACUUCCAGCAGGUUAAAAUUUGUUUAACUUAAGAAAACAUGUUCAAACCUGAUUAACUUUUUAAAAUCUCAUUAAUGUAAAAACAAAUUUUCGUCACUUUUUAUUAUGUAAUUUUACAGUGUACAUAUAAUUUUGCAUAAAUAAGCUAACUAAAAAUAUCAGUUAAAACCUGAUUAACCUUCUAAAUCUAGUAAAUUAACGUGAAACAAGUUGUCAUUACUUUUUAUUAUGUAAUUUUUACAGUGCAAAUAAUUUUGCAUGAUUAAGCUGACUAAAACUUUCAAAAUCACGUUAAAUUAGUGUAAAAAAAGGUGUUGUUACUUUUUAUGUAAUUUUUACAGUAAAUAUAAUUUUGUAUUGAUUAAGCUGACUUAAAACAACAGGUUAAAAUUUGUUUAACUUAAAAAAACAUGUUGAAACCUGAUUAACUUUCUAAAUCAAGUUAAAUGAACAUAAAACAAGUUGUCAUUACUUUUAAUUAUGUAAUUUUACAGUUUAAAUAUCAUUUUCAUUCAUAUAUAUUUUAAUAAACACUUCUGAUAGCGUAGUUGGCUAGUUUAGUUUAGUAUUUUAGUUUGUCUGUUAUGUUGCUGUCACUGCUUUGACACAAACGAAGUAAGAUUAUUCCUGUUAUGCCAACUUUAAACGAUUAUUUGGUUGUAGAAUACGCUGCACUACUUCAUUGUAACCAGAAGAUGGAGCAAUACAUUUUUCCCCUCGCGUUUACAAAUGACUUCUGAUUCUACUCAUAUUGACUGCAAAGAACUGUAAAGCGGCAGGUUCGAGUUUAUAAUUUUAUUUUCCACAAAACAUACAACUACAAACUACAAGCAUCAGAGAUAGGCUAAUUAUUUGAGUACAAGCAAUCUUACUAGAUACAUAAAUACGUCUAAUAUAGAUUUAGAACUGUACUGUAGUAAACCCUAUGUAAACGCUAUUUAAUUACAUUUUUGAAACAAAUGUGAUGUUUUAAGUGCAAUCUGCGCAUGGCAACUAGCGACAUAGCGACUCUAGGAAGGAUGCGGCGAGAUCAGAUGCUUAACGGAACCGGGAAAACUCCGUCACCUGCUGCUGCCUCACAAUACAGUCUCCAAACGUUAAAAAAGCUCUGGAUUGAAUACAAACACGCCCGUAGUCCUGACGCUCCGGUAAUGGCGGAUGAAAGGUAAGAUUGCGCAUGUCGGCUCAUGAUGAAACUGCAUGCCUGCAAGAAUCAGUGGGUGACUGGUCAUCCUGGUGUAUUUACAUUCAGAUAGCAAGAACUCAUUAGAUUCAAGCCUAUUGUCUGACUCUUUAAUGUAUUUACAGAAUAGUUUGUGUUUUAUAACAGCCAGAAUUGACUACUGGAAGGCCAUGAUGACUAAAUAGGCCUAAAUAAAGUAGAAUUGAAUUCAAAUGCAUUUUGAAAUAUAGAUAAAUAUUCUAAACCAAGAUGUAUAAAAAUGACAAGAUUUGAGUCAUUUCUUUCAAUGUUAAGUUUCACAUUUGUAGGCUAUUGAUAAACUGAUUUUAAAGUCCCGCAUUUGACCGUUUCCGUCUCAGAUUGCAAAAUUAUAUAGGACUACUUCUGAUUUUAGAAAACGUAUAAUUAAUACAUCAUCACAUCACCUGUAGAUAAACCUGCUGAAAAAUCGGCUACAUAGCUAAUUUCCUUUCUCAUGUCAUUAAGUUUAUUAACCGCCAGGUGGCGCUGUCGGAAGUGAAUUAUUUCUACUGUAACUGUGAAGCAGAUUGAACUAUAUCAAGCUCUGUUUGUUUGAUGUUUUUAUCUGGCACCAUAAGAUGAAAGCAGGCGAGCAAAUCUAAAUGUGAUUUACGCCUAAUUAAAACAUGAAUAGUAAAGCCUAUUCUAUAAAUUUGGAUUGAAUUUAGGACUUCCAUACAAAAUGGCUGCCCAUCAUUCAAUCAUGUGUUUUAAUCAUCUUCACAGACACUGCCUAUCUCAUAAUACAACAUUAUUAAACAUUAUACUUAAAGUUUUAUUUUGAAUAUAAAUUACAUUUUUAAUAAAACAUCAGACAUUUGACUUUAUUGGCUUCACUAAAUCUAACAACUUAACACUUUUUAUAAAACGCAGUUCUGAGGUAUAAUUCACGAAUUUAUUUUAACUAAGCAUAAAAUGUAGUGCUAAUUUAAAUGUUUGAAGAAAAAGAGGUAAUUCUUAAAACGUUUUGAAAAGCGCGGGAAUAACUGUUUGCCUUUUUUCAACAGGUAUUUGUCGAAUUUGACAAGAUAUAGUCACGCUAAUGAACUUCACAAAGAUUGUCGGCUGUUUUCUGAGAGGUUUUGUUUUGUUAUCCACAUCAGUUUGGAUAAGAAUCUCUACACAUCAUAUCCAGGGUCAGACACGGAUAACAAACAGCAUGGCCGUUCACUCCAUUUCAGGAGGGCCGCGCAGAGGUGGCGGGUCGGACACCGCCAGGACUCCGCCGCAGAGUCUGUCUGGCUCGGGUUACUGCAAGUGGUUCAAUGUCCGCAUGGGGUUUGGAUUUAUAUCGAUGACCAGCAGCGAGGGGAAGCCAGUGGACCCUCCGCUAGACGUGUUCGUUCACCAAAGUAAGCUGGUGAUGGAGGGCUUCAGGAGCCUGCGGGAGGGCGAGCAGGUGGAGUUCACCUUUAAGAGGUCGAGUAAAGGUCUGGAGUCGCUCCGGGUGACGGGGCCCGGGGGAGGCCCCUGCUCUGGCAGCGAGCGACGCCCCAAAGCAAAGGCCCCGCCCCUCAAACGCAAACCAAAGGGAGACCGGUGUUAUAACUGUGGAGGUCUGGACCACCACGCUAAAGAGUGUGGCCUUCCACCCCAGCCAAAGAAGUGUCACUACUGUCAGAGUGUCACGCACAUGGUGGCCCAGUGUCCCCACAAGGGGGCGCCGUCGCCCUCCGCGUCUCAGGACCCGCAACGCCCCUCCACCUCCGCUCAGUCCCCGGAAGAGGAAAGCCGCUCAGGCUCAUCUUCAUCCCCGGAGGAGGCUUCUCAAAGAGGGAGUCGCUCCCAGCGCUGGAGAAAGAGCCGGGACUGAAACAAACACACCUCUCAUCCAGACCAGGCCCGGACACGAAAUCAUCUACCUCAAACAGCUGGGUCACAGACAAGACCCUCCCUUCCCGUGCAGCUAUAUGGUAUCAUAAUGAUGGGUUCACACACACACACACAAACACACACACACACACUUGUUUGUGUGUGUAUGAGUGUACAUACAUGUGUGUGUUCUCACUAAGCAAUCACAACAAACUCUAUGACUGACGUGUGUGUGUGUGUUUGUUUUAGAGCGAAUGUAAGUGUGUAAAUGAGAAAAUAGUAAAGCAAAACAGAUUACGCUUUGAAGAAGAAAAACUUGCAUUAAUGUUUUUAAAAAUUACAAUCCAAAUCAAACAUUUUACCUUCAUAAUGUGAGUAAUGGAGCAGGACUUUCACUUCAAAUGUGCUUUAAUGCAUGGGAUUUGCAUUUGUAAUGUGAACGUUUCGUCUGCUUUUCCUCUGAAAACACUUUUCAGACUGUUUCAGUGUCUUAGAUGGACAACACAACGGUUUUUAACAUUACUAAUAAGUGUUUAUUACAUUAUAAUUUCAGAAUUCAUUACAUAUCGAGGAUCAGGAGGCGGUUCAGGAGACACUAUGAAUUGCAGUGAGUAAUGAUGCUGAAAAUUCAUCUGGGACAAAAUUGUUCGACAUCAGUAACACUUUAAAUAACGGUCUAUUAGUUUGCGUAUUUAAUAACAUGAACUAAGAAUUUACAGUACUUGUUCAUUAUUUAUUAAUCAUAGUUCAACGAUUGAUAAUGCAUUAUUAAAAUCCAAAGUUAUGGUGGUUAAAAUUAGUUAAUGCACUUUGAGUUACACUAACAAUGAACGACUGAAUUGUCAUUAAUUGACAUUAAAAUGAACGAAUAACUGGUAUUAAAUGCGUUGUUCAUUGUUUGUUAAUGAUAGUAAAUUCACAAACUAACAUUAACUAAUGGACCAUUACUUAAAGUGUUACCUUUAAAAUCUAUUAAAACAGAUACUAGUUGGUAACCCUUUAGUUUAGGUCACAAUUCAAGCUAUUAACAAACCAUUAAACAACACUAUUUGCUUAAUAAACUCCUAAUCAGCUGUUUUGUUAAUAGUUAGUAAGAUAGAUGUUGUGUUUAGGUUUUGGGUAGGAUUAGAUAUGUAGAAUAAGAUUAUACUUUUUAACUACUAAUUAACAGGUAAUAUCUUAAUAAUGGGCAGAUAAUAAGUCAGCGGUAAAUGGCGCAUGAAUUGUGACCUAAGCUAAAAUGCUACCGUUGUUUAAAAUAUAUAUCGCAGUUGUUCCUGUGAGUUUAAUUAAAUAAAUGCAACUUUAAAAAACAUUUUCACAAUCCUUAAAUCUCCAAAUAUUUAACAUUUAUUUAAAAUCCUAAUAUCUCGCAAUAAUAUUGCCUGAAAGAGUUUGAGGAAAAGCACAGGUGAAACGUUCAUGUUCAGAUUAAGAACAUGCAUUAUAACUAGUAAAAUCAGAUUCACAUAUAACAGCAAAGAAGUCUCAGUAUUUCACAGUUCGAUUCAUGUUGAAAUGUAUGGGUCCCGGGACAGACGUAUUAUGGCUGGGAAUGGAUAUAACCAAUCAAUAACAAUAUUAUGGGACAAAUAGAAAGUUUUUAAUGGAGAAUAUGUGUUUUAAUUUCUUUUAUAUAUGCGGCUCUCAAAUAUUCUGGUCUUUAGACGAUUAGAUUGUAAGGACUGAAGCGUAAGAGCUUAAUAACUUCAGCCAGAGCAGACUAAUGAACUGAUUGAAACCUAUCAGCACUGUUUAGUUGCAGUGUAAAGCCGUCUUUUGCUUCAUCACAGACACGGUGAUAGUUUAAGACUUUAAUAUAUGUUGAGAUAUUAUAAAUGUUGAAGUGUACUGUAAUAUAUAUGGAACACAUAGGUAGAUGAAGUUGAUUUUUUUUUAUACACACACACACACACACA